AUGGAGGAAUACUCACACAUUCUGGGGAUUGAGAUUAAGGAUCAGGCUCCCUUUGUCCCUACAAAGGAACUUCCUAAGCCUCAACAUCUAGCUGAAAUCCUCCACAUAGGGAAGAAGGAGGUGGAGCUCAAUCUUAAACCUAAGGGUGGGACCCAUGGGUUUGCCUUGAAUUUUUUGGUUGACAAGGCUAUUACAUUUGCUGAAGCUGAGAGUUGGGAUGCCUUCAACACUAUCUUCGCUUUGGUCAUAUAUGGGAUCGUGUUGUUCCCAAACUUGGAAGAAUUUAUUGACUUGGCUUCUAUCUAUCUCUUCAUGGCCCAGAAUCUCGUUCCUACUCUUCUUGCAGACACAUACUACUUCAUCCACGUGAGGAAUGAGAAGAAGAAGGGGACUAUCGUGUGUUGUACCCCCCUGUUGUAUAGAUGGUUUAUUUCGCAUCUAUCCAAAAAGGGUCCUUUUAUUGACAACGAGGGAAAUUUGAAAUGGUCUCAAAGGAUCAUGUCCGUCACAGUUGAAGACAUCUUCUGGUAUUUUAGAGUUUACGACGGUGUUGAGAUCAUCAUGGAUUAUGGUAACUUACCCAAUGUACCCCUUCUAGGUACAAAGGAUGGAAUUAACUAUAACCCAAGAAUAACAUUGCGCUAG